AUGGACGUUCGCCGGAGAUCUGAAAAGCCUGUUUAUCCAUCUAAGGUCUUUGCCGCCGAUGAAAAACCUCUCAAACCCCACAAAAAUCAACAACAAGAGGACAACAAUACCCUUCUCAUUGAUGCUUCCGAUGCUCUCCCACUUCCUUUGUAUCUCACUAAUGGCUUGUUUUUCACCAUGUUUUUCUCUGUUAUGUAUUUUCUUCUAUCAAGGUGGCGUGAGAAAAUCAGGAAUUCUACACCUUUACACGUGGUUACGCUUUCUGAAUUGGGUGCUAUUGUUUCGUUAAUCGCUUCUGUCAUUUAUCUUCUCGGUUUCUUUGGGAUUGGGUUUGUUCAGACGUUUGUGUCAAGGGGAAAUAAUGAUUCAUGGGAUGAAAAUGAUGAGGAAUUUCUAUUAAAGGAAGAUAGUCGUUGUGGACCUGCGACUACUCUUGGCUGUGCUAUUCCUGCUCGACAAAUUGCCCCAAUGGCACCACCUCAACCUGCUAUGUCUGUAGCAGAGAAACCUGCCCCGUUGAUCACACCAGCUUCGUCUGAAGAAGACGAAGAGAUAAUUAAAUCCGUGGUGCAGGGGAAAAUUCCAUCAUACUCAUUGGAAUCCAAGCUCGGUGAUUGUAAGCGCGCUGCGUCGAUAAGGAAGGAGGUGAUGCAGAGGAUUACAGGGAAGUCUCUAGAAGGGCUACCAUUGGAAGGAUUUAACUAUGAAUCUAUUCUUGGGCAGUGUUGUGAGAUGCCAAUCGGGUACGUGCAGAUACCGGUGGGAAUAGCAGGGCCAUUGUUGCUCAAUGGAAAGGAGUUUUCAGUGCCCAUGGCAACCACAGAAGGAUGUUUAGUGGCUAGCACCAAUAGGGGUUGCAAGGCUAUCUAUGCUUCUGGUGGUGCUACCUGCAUUUUGCUCCGUGAUGGGAUGACCAGAGCACCAUGUGUCAGGUUCGGCACAGCCAAAAGGGCAGCGGAGUUGAAGUUCUUUGUUGAAGAUCCCAUCAAAUUUGAGACACUUGCUAAUGUAUUCAACCAGUCAAGCAGAUUUGCCAGAUUACAAAGAAUUCAGUGUGCAAUUGCGGGAAAGAAUCUGUACAUGAGAUUUGUAUGUAGCACCGGUGAUGCAAUGGGAAUGAACAUGGUGUCCAAAGGUGUACAAAAUGUUCUUGAUUACCUUCAGAAUGAAUAUCCUGACAUGGAUGUCAUCGGCAUAUCUGGGAACUUUUGCUCGGACAAGAAGCCAUCAGCAGUUAAUUGGAUCGAGGGGAGAGGAAAGUCUGUAGUUUGUGAGGCAAUUAUCACAGAAGAGGUGGUGAAGAAAGUUCUGAAAACUGAAGUUGCUUCUCUUGUGGAGCUGAACAUGCUUAAAAAUCUUACUGGCUCUGCCAUGGCUGGUGCUCUUGGUGGUUUCAAUGCCCAUGCCAGCAAUAUCGUCUCAGCUGUGUUUAUAGCCACUGGUCAGGAUCCAGCUCAGAACAUAGAGAGCUCGCACUGCAUCACUAUGAUGGAGGCUGUAAAUGAUGGCAAGGACCUCCAUAUUUCUGUUACAAUGCCUUCCAUUGAGGUUGGUACGGUUGGAGGUGGAACUCAGCUUGCAUCUCAGUCAGCUUGCUUAAACUUGUUAGGAGUGAAAGGUGCCAACAGAGAGGCACCAGGGUCAAAUGCAAGGCUCUUGGCCACAGUAGUAGCUGGUUCUGUUCUUGCUGGGGAGCUAUCCCUCAUGUCGGCUAUCUCGGCUGGGCAACUAGUUAAUAGCCACAUGAAAUACAAUAGAUCUACCAAAGAUGUCACCAAGGCAUCCUCCUAAUACAAUCCAUUCUCCUCGCUUGUAUUUGAAGAUGAUCCCACAAGUAGCUUCCAUUUAUGAAUGAUCGAUAUUAGGAAUAAAUAAAAUAAAUUUACAAAGCAAAAAAGAAAAGAAAAAUAAAGAGAAGAGGGAUAGAGAGAAGGAAAAGUUUGGACUAGUGUUGAAGCAGAAAACAAAGUGAAGUCGCGGAGACAAAUACCUUCCACUUCUUUUUUUCACCAUUGUCCGUGGGGAGGGAGAAGUUAGCUGGGCUUUGUUUGUUGUCUCAGUGAUUGAUUCUUGAUGACAUGUAUUAGCUGCCAACACCUUCGUAUCAUUCAAAUGUGUCAAAACGCCAUACCCUUUUCGUUUCUAUUGUACUGUUCCUUUGUUUGUUAAUUUGUCAUUUCUACAGGGGUUGUCUGGAUCUGAUCACUAAGUGUGUUGUUGUAUAUGAAAAUAACUUCUUUUAUUCAAAUGAAUUAUUUGUUCUUC